AUGGCCACAGCAGGUGAGACCAACGGUGGCCUCGGCUGCAGUUCCCAGAGGCUGGUGUUGAUGGUGCAGGUCUCUCUGAAGCUGUGGAACAAGUACAGAGUCUCCAACAUUCCUUCCCUGAUAUUUAUCGAUGCCUCUACUGGGAAGGUGGUGUGCAGGAACGGCCUCCUGGUCAUCCGGGAUGACCCAGAAGGUUUGGAGUUCCCCUGGGGACCAAAACCCUUCAGUGAAGUUGUUGCUGGGCCUCUGCUAAGGAACAACGGCCAGACACUGGACAGCAGUGCCCUGGAGGGCUCGCACGUUGGGGUCUAUUUCUCAGCACACUGGUGCCCACCGUGCCGAAGCCUCACAAGGGUCCUGGUGGAGUCCUACCGGAAAAUCAAGGAGGCAGGGCAGAAGUUUGAGAUCCUCUUCGUUAGCGCAGACAGGUCGGAGGACUCCUUCAAGCAGUACUUCAGUGAGAUGCCCUGGGUGGCCGUGCCGUACGGCGACGAGGCCCGGCGGUCGCGCCUGAACCGGCUCUAUGGCAUCCAAGGCAUCCCGACUCUGAUCGUGCUGGACCCCCAGGGAGAGGUGAUCACGCGGCAGGGCCGGGUGGAGGUGCUGAACGACGUUGAGUGCCGCGAGUUCCCCUGGCACCCCAAGCCCGUGCUGGAGCUGACGGACUCCAACGCCGUGCAGCUGAACGAGGGGCCCUGCCUCGUGCUCUUUGUAGAUUCAGAGGAUGAUGGGGAGUCAGAGGCAGCGAAGCAACUGAUUCAGCCCAUAGCUGAAAAAAUCAUCGCCAAGUACAAAGCCAAAGAUGAGGAAGCACCGUUGCUCUUCUUCGUGGCAGGAGAG